AUGGCCACGGACUUGCAGUCCCCUGUAGCCUCUACGGCCCAACCGUCUCCGGCACCAUCUACCUCGCGCCCUCUGGAAAAGGCGGGAUCGAGAUCGCGGCCCUCUCUGUGCCGACGAGACUCAUCUCCUGCACCAUCCUCCUCCCCGCCUGGCUUGCCAACCCCCGCGUUCUCCCCGGAUGGACAGAGCGAUGGCGAAGAUAUCAUCGAGGAUACAUUAUCCCCGUUCGACCCCCGCAGAAUCACGCCCACCCUUCAUGCGUCGCUGGUUUCGAAAUCCUCGCCCUGCGGCGCGAGGACGGAAAAUGAAACAUUACACAUGAAUGUCUCCCAGACCAGCCAAGAGGCCCGGUCGUUGAAGCACCAAAUCCAGCUUCUGGAGGGUGGAACGUCAUCUGCGAUGACAGAGCUCGCUCGGGAGCGAGACGAGGCUGUGGAAAAUAUCACCGAUGUUCGCAAGAAACUCGAUCAGGCACAGAAGAAGGCCCGGAGUCGGGAAGAAGAAGUCGAGCGAACACAGACGCUAUGGGAUCGCGAUCGCGAGGCCUGGGAUGGCGAGCGACGAGGUUGGGAGCGCAAGGUCCACGUGGUGGAAGGUCGCUUGAAAACAGUGUUGAACGAGGUCGCCGCUGCCCAGGAAGCCGGAACCCUCCAUUCGCAACUCAGCGAAACCGGGGAAAUCGCCAAAGACAAGGCCAAGGAAAGCGACACGGCCAGCGUGGCUUCCAGCAGCCAGGGCCGCCGGCGAACAAGUGUCACCAGUGUGAGUACAGAAGAGGAUGACGGCGAACCUGAUUUCCACAACGUCCGCUACUCGGUGAUGAGCAUGGCUGGGGCCAAGGUCGACUCCGGCUUGAAUUUGGCCCAGGAAUUGGCCUUCGACGAGGAGGACGAGUUCGUUCCAUCUGACGAAGACGAAGACGAGACUCCCGAUUCACCCGAGGCGCUUCCCGAGGAGCGCCCAAUGUCGGUCCACUCGCAAGCGUCGCACACUGUGGCGUCGAAAGCAAGAAAGAUCUUGGGUCUUUCGCUUCAGAGCACGGGAUCAACCACGACCGUGGAUUACCGACCUCCCGAACCGACUAGUCCAUUGAAGACGAUGAUUCCUCCGGUCGAAUAUCACGACCGAGGCAUCCAAUACUCGCCUCCUCCCUCCCCCGAGAUACCGGCCGUGAGUGAGAAGGAAUUCGUUCCUCCAUCCACAGAACUUCCCGUGAAACUUGAUUUACAAGACGAGGUCAAGGGUCAGCCUGAAAUGAAGGACUCUGCAACGCUUACUAUCGCAACCGAGAUGGUGUCUGCCUCGUGUCAGACGGUGGGUGAGCUCCCCAGUCCUCCAUGGACGCCCAAGGUGACGGAAGAGCCACCGAAACCUGUCGAGGAUGAGCCGGAGCCGGUUCAAUUGACAUCAAUAUCUACUCAAACCGAACCUAUGGCAGAUUUCGCGCCGGUCGAUGUCGACAAGCAAUCUAGUCUGUCGCCAACUUCCAUCCCAACACAGAUGGAUAUUCCAAUGAUUGCCAUUCAUCCCCCUGGCUCAGAACCUCCCUCGCCUCGAAAUAGUGUCGUUCUACCCCCACAAACGAAGAAUGUGUCUUGUCAGGCCAAUUUCCUCCCUGUUGUUGAUAAGCGCUCUAUUGCCAUCCAAACCGAGGAGAUCCGCAUCGACCAACGCCCUGUGAAACUACCAGCAAGCCUUCUACCUUCUGCCAUUCCGGAUAUGCCGCCUCGCUCAGAAGCUCGAAAUUCUGGUAUACAACCUUAUCGCGCACCACCGCCACGAUCAGCCAAGAGAGACCAGAGACCUCAACCCUCCGAACGUCCCGUCAAGCCACCCAGAGCACCGGUGGCAGAGCCUGUUCAAGCCUACCCCGGCAACAAUGACAACGGUCCGCUCUCAGAAGAUGUGAUGUCGGGCCUUCGGCGACCUCUGCGGUCCAGCAGCCUCUUUGCUGGAUUUGAGCAGCUGAGCGAUGACGAGAGCCCCGAUGCGGAACGCGAUAUCUUCACCGAUGACGAACUCCUCAACCGGCCGUUUGCAUCCUAUUCUGUUCGACGCGGAAAGUUGGUAAAUGCGAAGUCCAGGCCCAGCUUGGAUGAAAUGACUCUCCCCGAGAUCGACGAGCAUCUGUCCGAUCCAGAGUCAAAGCAAUCUGACGUGGGCCGUGGAUCUCGAAUGACGCAACGGUCUGGCACGACCGCAUCCAGCAGUCGACAAUCGGGAAUGCGCAAAAUGGCCAUGAUCUCUAGCGGUGCUGUAGCACAUCAAAAGACUCGUGCCCGGAGCCCCAGCGAGCCUAGCCUGGAUAGUGGCAGUGCGGGCUCUAGUAUUGCCCCUCCAUUCCCUGUUCCGAUCCGCCUUAGCUCACGCAAGAUCCCGCUUGGCGGUAGCGAUGGAUCUUCGAGCCCGACUCGGUCCUCCGUCUCCGGUAGGCAAUUCUCUGACCGCGGUCGCCCCCAGCUCAUGCGACGGCCCACUUUGCGGCGAGUUCGAUCUGCGGCGGCCAUGUCGCAAACGGAUGCCACCGAGCGUCCAGAGAUCCGAUCCUCUCCUGCGCGCUCGAACUCGUCGUUUGCUCCGGACAGUCCUUCAUACCGUCCGCCCCCUCUGCCGGCUGAUGAUAUCACGGCGCCUCGUGCACGUCGCGGAGUCCCGAAACGGGCCUCGAUACGCACAACAGCGUCUCAGCAUCUGAACCAUGAGCGGCAGGACUCCACCGGCGGGGUGCAACCGACGAGUGUCGUGGAUGCCAUCGCCCAAACCAUGGUUGGCGAGUGGAUGUUCAAGUAUGUUCGUCGGCGCAAAUCAUUUGGAAUGGGCGAAUCCAAGGAUAACUGGGAAGGGCGCAACCCCGACGAGGUGUCAGCGAACAUUACCAACAGUGGCGUGCGGCAUAAGCGAUGGGUCUGGCUCGCGCCCUAUGAGGGCUCCAUCAUGUGGAGUAGCAAGCAGCCGACAAGCGGACCCGCCUUACUGGGGAAGAGUGGCCGCAAGUUUACGAUCCAAUCAGUUCUGGAUGUCAAGGAUGACAACCCAUUGCCCAAGGGUUCGCCGAAUGUGUUCAAUCGUUCGAUCUUGGUGCUGACGCCGCAGCGUGCGCUCAAAUUCACCGCGCUAACUAUUGAGCGCCACUAUGUCUGGUUGACGGCGCUAUCAUUCCUAAGCCAUUCUUCUAUGGGCCUCCACGACCUGGCUGCACUUCCACCCGUGCCUCAAGAGGAGGCUGGGUCUCCCGCACCGCCGCAGGCCACUUUGCGGCGGAAUCCAAUCCGUGACUCGAUCCGGGUGGCCAAGGGCCGGCCCCGACCCAUGCCCAAGGGCAAGCGCUCCUUCGGCAGUGCGCCCGUGCCGACGCCCGUGCCUGAAUUGCCGGCUGGCGGUUUGGACACAAUGGCUGCGGACGCGCCGCACGUACCACGCUUCUCGACUCACAACCGCAAGCGCAGCAACACCGCACCCCGGCCGGCACCGGCGCUGCACGCAAUCCGCAGCUUCUCUAGUCAGGGAACCAUGCCAUCGUCCCACAGCGGAACCACCGCAGGCUCCGAUGCGUAUUACCCGCCGCCUAUGGCGCCUCCGGGCCGACGUCCCGGUAUCGCUAGCGGUCGUAGCAGUUUCAGCCGUACCUCCGAGGCGAGUGGCCGCGCCUCCAGCGGCACUGGGGCCAUGUUCGAUGUUGGCACCGUCCGCAUGGAGGCCUUCAUCGAUCACCACGCCGAGCAAAUCAACCGGCCCCGCGGCCCACCUCCGCGCCGACAUGUCCGCAAAAGCUCGAGCCAGUGGAGUCACGGCCGCUACGACUUCGAUGCGCCUUCCUUGGACGAUAGCGAGCUCUCCUUCCGACCCGAUGACCCAUUCCGGGGCUUCUAG